CACAAAUGUGACGUACUGCAUAUGUCAGAUAUUGCACUUAGUGGAAUGAUUUAGUUGCACAUCAUGUGAGCAUGUGUUGGUGUUUUCCACUAAAAAUGGAGCAGAAAGUGUCAGAUGAGGGCCUUCCUAGAAGGGGACUAAACCUGUUCUUCAAGUCCCUGUUGAUCUAAAAGCCCAGUUGCACAUAAACCCCCGCUUAGUCCACCUGCUGCAGUCUGUUGUGUCCUCACAUAAGAGCCUUGUAUCCACAUUCUCUGCUAGAACCUUCCACCAUGGCGUUGCGCCCACGUGCAUCCUCUCAGCCUGGGAAGCUCUCCUUCCUCCAGACUUCCAAAGUGAACUCAUCCCUUCGACCGAGGGCCGUCUCCUCGAGGUCGGGCUCCAUGCUGGAAGAGGAGCUAUCGUGCCCUGUCUGCUGUGAGAUCUUCAAGGAGCCCGUGGUGCUCAAGUGCAGCCACAGCUUCUGCAGGGCAUGUCUGCAGCAGUUCUGGAACAAGAAGAAGGCCCGGCGCGAGUGUCCCAUCUGCCGCCGGAAGUGCUCCCUGACGGAGCCCACUGUCAGCCUGGCUCUCAAGAACGUGGCUGACACCUUUUUGAAGGAGCAGCAACUACAGACAGCCGUGGCUGGAAGCGUCGCCCCCGGGAAGCUGGAAGCUGACGUGGAGGAUGUGAGGUGCACCAACCAUGGGGAGGUUCUCAAGCUCUUUUGUCUGAAUGAUUUGGAGGUCUUGUGCUGUGUGUGUCACACCUCCAAGAAGCACCAGGGCCAUCAAGUGCGUCCUCUGGAAGAAGGAGCCCAUGAUCUCAAGGAGGAGCUGAAGAAAGAGCUGAUUCCUGUGAAGAAGAACCUGCGCCGCCUGUAUGAGGCCAAGCAGGAGUGUGAUGACACAACUGUGCACAUCAAGAGCCAGGCACAAGCCACGGAGAAGCAGGUCAAAGAGGAGUUCGAACAGCUGCGUGACUUCCUGCAAAAGGAGGAAGCGGCGCGGCUGGCCGCCCUGCAUGAGGAAGAGGAGGAGAAGCGAGAGCUGGUGAGGAAGAAGUCCGAGAGCAUCACCAGGGACAUCCUGACCUUCUCGCACGCCGUCAUCGCCGUCGAGAACGAGAUCGCAUCCGGCGAUGCUCUCUUCCUGCAGAAUUACUCCAACACAAAGAAAAGGGCACAGCUUCCGCAGAAGGAUCCGGAGAAGGUGUCUGGAGCUCUUAUUAACGUGGCCAAGCAUGUCAGUUCCCUCAAGUACCACGUUUGGGAGAAGAUGGUGGAGCUGGUUCAGUACACUCCCAUCACCCUGGACCCCAACACUGCAUACUCCUGGUUGUCCAUCUCCAAGGACCUCACCUGCGUGGCCAACAGAGGCUCUCUGCAGCAGCUUCCGGACAACCCGGAACGUUUCGGCCACUUCGUCUUCACCCUGGGCUCCGAGGGCUUCACGUCGGGCCGCUACGCCUGGGAAGUGGAGGUGGGCGACAAGGUGGACUGGAUGCUGGGGGUGGUCAAGGAGUCCAUUGACAGGAAGGGCCGCAUCUCCGGCUGCCCUGAAGGCGGCUUCUGGAUGAUAUCGCACUACGAAGGAGAAUACUCGGCCAUGACGAGGCCCAGCACUCCCCUGCAGCUGGAGGGGGAGCUGACCAGGGUUCGGGUUCAGUUGGACUACGACGCCGGUGAGGUGAUCUUCUCCAAUCCCAUCAGCAUGACGCCUAUCUACACCUUUAAUGACUUCUUUACCGACAAGAUGUACCCUUUCUUUUGCCCUGGAGCCAAUAUCAACGGGAAUAACCCAGAUCCUCUGAAGAUAUGCCCUGCUACAGUGGCAGUGUGGAACAGUGCCACAUGGUGACAUGUACGAAACACCAAUCAACCGUCAUGAGAUAAUUAAAAACAAGCCACAAUAUAUUCUUGUAUGAACUUUAUUGGGGUUCAUUUUGAUGUGAAGCUACCAAGGCAUGGCGCUGCCCUGGUAAUCCAGGAAGGCUCCGUUGUGCUUAUCUUUCAUGGUGGACAUCACUUUAAGCAUCCCCUUCACGCUGGUUUGGACAUCAAUUUCCCCCUGGAAGACACAUUUUUCGACUAGAAUUAAGAAGGGAACAUUUUGAAACAACGAGAAAGUAGAAUGCCCUGAAGCUGCAGCUUCAGUCCUGGCCAGCAGGGGGCCACCUCAGUUACUGUGUAGAUGAGUGACAGAGCUACAGGCAUGUGAAAAAAUGAGGACACCCCAUUUGUGGCGCCGCCUGUGGGUUUUGCUUAAAAUUCUUUGGUCAACAUGAUUCAUUAUAUAAUGAUCAUUUAUGGGUUAAAUGUUUGCCGGCUUUUUAUGUAAAGGUUUCUCUGAAGUUUUAUUUGUUUUUAGAAUUUGCAUGGCGGGCCGGAUCACAUGCUGCCAUUGUCCGCAAAUGGCCCACGGUCUAUAGGAGCCACAUCCGUGACUUCAAAAGAAUCAUGUUUGGUUCCAAAAUGGCUUGUUAAUAAAGCAAAUAAUGUCUCCAUUACCACGGCUUAUCUAUUGUACUUCGUCUAUAUCAGAGCUCUUCAAGUGGCAGGUUUCGCCUGUAAACUUGGUGUACGCACAAAACAUGUGUACGGCAUUUUCCGUGCAAAGUAUGUGAUCUAUAAUAUCACAACCUGAUGUGAUAAAGAACGCAUCAGUCUAGCAACAUUGUAGCUGGCGGACUAUAUCAGAGCUCUUGGUGUACGCACAAAACAUGUGGACGGCAUUUUCCGUGCAAAGUAUGUGAUCUAUAAUAUCACAACCUGAUGUGAUAAAAGAACGCAUCAGUCUAGCAACAUUGUAGCUGGCGGACUCACUUUUUGGAGACAUGGUAAAAGAGGUGAAGUGAAGUCAUACGUUAGAAGUGAACAUGCAGUGGAAAACAAUAAAGGUUCAAUCAUUGCAUUAACCGUAAUGCAUUUGUGGAAAGCGUUGCUAUUUUGCAUUACACCAACAAAUCUAAUUUAUCAGUCCUAUCAUAUCCUCUACUGUGUGUGCUCAUCAACAUGAGGGGUGAUUGUAAAUAGAUUGCUAGUUGUGGUAGCAGUCCUACAGUAUCAUAAACACCAUUGCGCAUGAGUUUAUUACCAUCAUGACCAAAAGAUACAUAAAACAAACAAUACAGCGCUGUUUAUAUUUAUCAUUAUGAGAACAUGAUUAUGCGUUUGAUAGUCAUUCAUUUGAAUAAAUGUCGCAUUAUCAAAUGAUUAUAUGGGUUUAAGUUUACAAGAUAUAAAGCAGACCUAGUGUGCGUGUCCUCUGUUCUCUGUUGCGCUCCUCUUUGGCAAUUUAUCAAAUAAGGCAGCUCUUCCUCUGUUUGUGUGAUGGUGUCAGGACGUGUGCGUAACAUUGCUCUUAUUAGUUUUCCUUUUCCACAAAUGAUAAGUUGGAUCAUUUUGGGAUUUUGGUUUGUUGUGAUUCAACCAAUACAAAAAAACUUUGUAAUAAUAAAAAUUUCCAUGGUGCUAGUCAGCAUAAUCUGGAAACUUUCCUUGGGGUCUCAAUUAGAUUAAAAUUUGCAUAAAACAUGCUCGCUAAAAUGCAAAUGUGUGCCUUGACAGCCAACCACUUUUUUUUUUAUGUGUGUUUGUUUGAAGUUCUGCAACUGUGCGCCCGCUGCUGUGUCCUCCAAAUAAUAUACGGUACUUUUCCCCGCCUCCAGUUACGUGAAAUUCCGCUUCUUUGUCCUCGUCGUUUUCUCACCAGCUGUGAUCCGAAUGACUGAACAAUGCAAUCAAGGCUUGUUAAGUCUGGAGGCCGCAUUGAUGAGUCACUUUGCAUUGACAUAUUUUUGGUCAAGUUGAGGUGUGGCGAGAGCGCGAUGUGAGGCGAAGUUUUGUGUGCACACUUGUACUCUGGGGAGCUCUGCAAAACAAACUGCGUGAAGGUGUGUGUGUGUGUGCCACUUUUUUUACAAUAGGAGAAAAGGGGAGACUCUUAUCAUAGAGGAUCUUUGUAAUGUUUUGACGCGGGCCAUGUUUAGGUUGAGAAUAUGCUGUGGGGCGCUAUAAAAAAACAAGUUGUGGGUCUAAAAUGGCCCUCUGGCUGCAUUUUGGACGCCCCUCCAUUAGCUAUGUAGAGGAUCUUUGACGAGCAUUUUGGCAGUAGGUCUUUAUAAACUGCAGAGCGCUCCAACCGAAUACAGUAGAGGUUAUUUGACUAGUGUUUUUGUGUGUCUGGUGUGUCAUAUAGAGGAUCUUUGAGUAUCAACAUUUUUCAUGUGCUGUGAUUUAUGACUUAAUGACGAUGUUGGUUGUUUAAUGAGGUAAGGGCUUUAAGGUGUGACAGAGCCUUGCAUUGAUAUUCAAUGCAAAAUAGGAAUACUGAAAAGAGACGUUUUAAUGGAAGCUAAAUGCUGGGGUUUCUGCUCAGAAGAAAGAGUACUUGAAAUUCACCACAAAGUAAACAGGUGUGUUUUCUUUUACUGAUGUUGCCUCAUGCUGUAAGAAUGUUUGUUUAUAAAGACCAGUUCUAUGAGCACAAGCAUCCAUGCGUUGUUAGCUUAGUGACUUUUGUUAGUAAGUAAUAAUACAAGUCAUGCAUUAACAUGUGGUACAAAAGGGUAAGGAGUGUUUGCACACAUGUGGGACAACAGUUUUACCAACAACAAAAAAAGUCACUUGAGGACAAAUUAUGACCACUUGGUUUGUGCAUCUGUGUUUGUUUUUGGCAGCCAGUCAACUCACCUCUGGUCCACCUGUAUCUGUGCGCACCCAUCCAGGGUGCAGCACAGUAAACAGGAUCUUAUCCUUCUUCAUCUCCUCUGCAGCGCACACUGUCAGCAUAUUCAAAGCGGCCUGAAAAGAGCAAACGUUGGUAUUGUUUCUAUGUGUAUUGUAUUUAUCACAGCACUGUUUGCUUGAUCUACUGUUGACGCUGAUCAUGCAAACAUGGGCACACCUUACCUUGCUGACACGGAAUGGUAAAAUUGCCGCUAUAGAGUAGGUCUCCUUUGUCACGUCCAUUGAACCCUCCAUUGUGGAGAUAUUAAUGACAGCUGCUUUGUUGCACGACAUCCCUGAAAUCUUGCUGGCCUUGGCCGCUGUCCGAAGAUGAGGAAGGAACUCCUAAUAAGUUGACAGCAUGCGAGAAAAAGGCCCUAAGUAGUCUGGUGGUUGAAUUGCAAAGGCAUGCUUGUCAUGUGCAAAUCAUUUACCUUCAUGAUGUUCAGAGGACCAAUGACGUUGGUGUUGAAAGAGUCCUGCAUGUCCUUUGUAGUGGUGGUCUGCAGCGAUGAUUCCAGUGCCAUCCCGGCGUUGUUUACGAGCAGGUUGAGGCCCUCGCUGCCCAGUAGGGGGGCGAUCGCCUUGGCCGCCUCUUGUAUGCUGUUCAUCUCACAGACAUCUGUCUCAGACACAACAGACUCUGUUCUUACUAAUCACGCUUACUGUAUGCGUAGCAUGAUAAUAAACACAGCAUGUAGCAUGCCAAACCUAAGUAGGGUAAAAGAAAAAGCUCAUACCCAUAGUGACGAUGACGAUGAUGUCUGGAUACUGCUUUGCCAGUGUUUGCAAGGUCUGUAAAUAAAAUUGAAGUAUUGAAUUAACUGCACUAUUCUUCCCAUGCGAUGUUUCAACACACGUCCCAAUACCAAACGCUUCAUUAUGCUACAGCACAGUCACUCCGUCUUAAUAGCUCCUCGACAGGGGUUGAGUGUGGGACUUGCAGUUUUCUGCCAAAACGCUAGGGGCAAUGUUUUCCUCAGAGGGAGCAACCACGGGCCGCACGGUGGCCGAGUGGUUAUCAUUCCAAAAACAUGCAUGUUAGGUUCAUUGGCGACUCUAAAUUGUCCAUAGGUAUGAAUGUGAGCGUGAAUGGUUGUUUGUCUAUAUGUGCCCUGCGAUUGGCUGGCGACCAGUCCAGGGUGUACCCCGCCUCUCUCCCAAAGUUAGCUGGGAUAGGCUCCAGCAUACCCGUGACACUAGUGAGGACAAGCGGCGUAGAAAAUGGAUGGAUUGAUUGCUCCCAUCCAUCUAUUUUCCAUGCACGUUGAGUGUGUUUUGCCCCAUAAUGGUGACUGUACUUCCUGGUUGAGUAAUAUGCCUCUAGGGCAGUGGUUCUCAAAUUAUUUUCUGUCAUGACCCCACCGGGGAACAGAAAUGUUUCCGUGCCCCUCCGAUUUGAAAUACUGCUGAGAAACUUCUAUCUAUUUAUCUGUACUGGACAGACUGAACUCGAACCUGAAACGAGCGAAAUGCAACAAAAUGGAGAGCAGUGAAGCAUACAAGCUUAUUUAAGAGUCAAAUUGCAUGCUGAGUACGACAAAUUCAUACAUGCUGGCAGGUCUGUGUUAUAUUGAAAGUCCUCCCUGCCUCUCACGCCGCCCUGACAGUUCACCUGGGGACCCGCCCUACUGUUUGAGAAGAACGGGCAAAGCUAACCUUUAACGAACUGUUUUUGACACAACAUUUACAUCACAAAUGUACGAGGUAACGUGUGUUUUAACUCAACAGCCAACACAUAUGCUAAAGUGUAAUGAAAUUAUUACAAUGGACGAGCGACAUGAGCGCUAACUCGUCUGCUAAACGGAGCACUGCAUCCUGGGACUUGUAGUAUAAUUGUACUAUACUCAUUGGCCAGUUCAGACUUAUUACUGGGUUAUACGGUGGAAAUGAAAAGUACUUCACCCUUUGACAGCGAAAGUACGACCCGAGUCACCUUUAAAAACCCUGACAAUACGCCGAGUAGAGUUCAAAAUACACCUUUUGGUCAAGGAUAAGCCUGAAAGAGGAAGGAGUUGGUGCGCAUGCGCCAGGCACUCCGCAUUUACAAUAUAUCAGCGUUUGUGUUUCUGCAGCAGGGAUUGUACUGACAGCUUUUAGAGGUGAACAUUUUAAUAUUAAAAACUGAAUAAAAGUAUGUUCACCUCUGCUUUGGGUCCAUUUGGGUCUCUGCAGCAGGCAAACAGCUUCUUCACGCGGCCCUUAUCCUCCGCCAAUUGACGCACCAACUCCAGGCCAAUGCCUCUGUUGGCCCCGGUGAUGAGCACGGUGAUCGGCUUGGAUGACAUGGCUCACUCGGUCGUUGUCGUCUUUGCACUUGUCGAACAACGCUCUUUACAGUGCAUCGAUUUUUGUACUGCCCAUAUUGCCUGGUCCGCCUCUCCACGCCCACCUGUUGGGAGUUUGUCCACAAUAAUGUAUGCAUUAGGCGGCUCCAUUACAAACUGGGAAACUGGGACAGCAGUGAGUUGAAGUAAAGGUUGGCAGUUACGUGCAAAACGUAUGACAAAUAUAAGAUAAGGGAGAUAUAAAAUAAUUAAAAAGGAUGCAGACAGGCUACAGGCUAAUGAGAAUUUGUGUUGACUGAUGUGAUUCAAAGCAGCAAACAAAUCAACUGACCAGCGAACUUGUUUUGCAUCGACAUUUGACUCAUGGGGGUGCUUCGUUUGUUUCUGUUGACAAGAGUUGUUUUAUUAAGCAGCCUAACAUUUUAGUUAUUUCUUUGGAAGUAGUAUAAUUUAAGAGGAUUUGCACUUAGACGGGCGCCUCAAGGUAAAAACAGCUGUUUUGGAUCACAUACCCAAAUCUCGCGAUACUUAAUUUACACAAUAGUACAGCAUCUUGUUAUGCUCAUUCUGUUGGCAAACUCAGAUGAUUACAAAACGGCGCCUGUUCGCUGCUCUCACCUCCCGCCCGGAACUGACUGUCCCCCAUCUCCGUCGCCCAUAUAUCACCGGUUGACUUUGUUAAAUAACUUGUUCACACCACAAGUCUGUUUGAAAUUGAUCCCGACUGCAAAACGACCCACCAUGGAGCCAAACAGAUGAGAAACACUACUGAAUUCAGGAAAUAACACGUGGCAAAGUACAAAGGUGUCGUCCGUGUGGCUCUUGCCCGCUCCCCUCCUUUGCUGCUGCGUCAUCACCGUUUCAUUAAGAAGAGUCCUUAAUGAAGGUAAGUACAUUUGUUUUCAUUGCAAAUGUAUUUUCUGCAUGUAAAACUCAUUGUUCUAUAUUAAAAGUGUUUUGUGUGAACAUUUUUGGGUGUCUGGAGCAGAUUGACAAGGCCCAGCACGCGCUUGCAGCAGGAGGGAGAGAUGCUGGUGAGGUGACCUUCUCCAAUGCUAUCAGCAUGAUGCCCAUCUAGACCUUUAAUGGCUUCUUUACGGACAAGAUGUACCCCUUCUUUUGCCCUGGAGCCAACAUCAACAGGCAUAACCCAGACCCUCUCAAAAUCUGCCCUGCUACAGUGGCAGCAUGGAACAGCGCCACAUGGCGACAUGUAAGGAACACCAGUCAUUCAUCCAUCCAUUUUUUAUGCCGCUUGUC